UACCUUUCCCCUCGCUGCGGUGAAGUGGACCAACACGGAAGUGGUUGCGCCACACCAAAAUGGCACUUCGAAAAGCCGGCAGUUGCCUUUGGACCGUCCAGAAGAUUACACUUCAGACCUCUGUCUUUCAAACUGGUGUUAGAUUGAAGGCAACAUGUCCAGUGGAAGUAAGUCAUGUGGACCAUUUGGUGCUGACUGUGAAAAGCGUGUCAGAAACCAUCGACUUCUACACAUCAACUCUGGGCAUGGAGGUCGUUACUUUCAAGGGUAACCGUAAGGCUCUGGGCUUUGGGAAGCAGAAGUUUAACCUUCACCAACUCGGGCAGGAAUUUGAGCCUAAAGCCAAGAAUCCCAUGCCUGGCUCUGCUGACCUGUGUCUCGUCACCAAAACCCCUCUGACAACCGUAGCUGCACACCUGAAGGUGUGUGGCGUCCAGAUAGAGGAGGGUCCAGUGGAGAGGACUGGAGCAGUGGGGACAAUUACCUCUCUGUACUUUAGAGAUCCAGAUAAAAACCUCAUCGAAGUGUCCAAUUAUAACCAGAAAAAAUCAGACAAUCGAGACUAAUAUUUCCUCUUGAACUAUUCUUAAAUCUAAAAUCUUUUCAAUGUUUUCUAUUUAAGUCAUCAUAAACACUUGAUUGAGACCGCAGUAAAUUGUGUUAGUUGACAUCCUAGUUUUGUUUUGUAUUGCUCACUGCUACUGAUGUGAGGAAAAUUGUUUUUCUUGAUUGAAUUUUAUUUUAUCUUAAUUGGAAUAUAAUAUGGUUAUGAUUACAAUUAGGGACAACAUGUUUACUCUAUGGAGUUGAUCCGUCAAACUAUAAGAAAAUGUAUUUUUUCACAUGUCUAACAGAGAUUAUAAUAAAGUACUCUGCGACAGGCCCGGCCCUAACCAAUCUGGCGCCCUAGGCAAGAUUUUAGGUGGCGCCCCCCCACAUCGGCAGUGAAGUGUAUAUACUCACAAGAAACCGAAUACCUUUGUCUUUGACCUUUUUUUUUUUACUUACAACUAUACCUAAUAUAUAAAGGGGUGGAAAAGUGACUAUUACCUGCAGGGCAAACAUUAGCUUGCAGAAGGCAAUAACAAUGUAAACAAAAAACACCUGCUUAAAAGAUCUAAUACAAAUGUCCCUGAGGAAUGUAAGGUGGGAGUACUGUAAUUACCUAACGUUACAUUAUUAUUUUCCAUAACAAUUUAGCCCCCUCCACAAUAUUAACCCGACGUUAAAACAGAACUAACUAUUUAUUGAUUAGCAAUUGCCGAAUCAUGUAACAUUAGCUUAAUGCUAAAAAGCCCGGUUAAUAUCACAUUCUG